AUGGCUGCAGGAAGCGCUGCCCGGGGCCUGAAGGAACGCGUGUGGCUGCGUGAGGGGCAAUCGGCGGAGCUGACGGCGGAACGCCUGGAUAAAACCAGACUGAUUUGUGCGAACGCCGCUGUGGUGAUAGUGUCCUCGACGCUGCGGCCGGCGCUGCCCUCCCUUGCCCGGACACCUCUUCUCAGAGCAGUUAGCGCAGGCCGAGCGCUCGGGGGACGAAGGCCGCGCGGGCGAGGCGCAGCUUAUCCUCUUGACAGCACUCGGACCCGGUCCCGGGCGGAGCCGCUGCCCGAGCCCUGCCGCACCCUCUACCGGCAGCGCGAGCCAGCACAGCGCGCCCCUGCCCAAGACAAGAUGGCGCUACGCACGCACGAGCGGGCGGAAUGCCUGCGCCGGAAGCGGAAGUGCUCCCUGGUUAUGCAGGAAGUAGCCGUUGUCCGGGGAGACGCCGCGCUGAGGAGGCGGCAGGGGCUGGGGCAGAGCCGAGGACCAGGUGGCGUGCGCAGAGAGGCGGAGGUCCGGCCGCAGCUCGGUUCUGACAUCUCCCUUCCCGGCGCAGGGGCAGUGACGGAGCAGAGUGCCGGCGGGCAGCCACCUGUCCCCGAGGGCGGCGGAGAACCGGUGCGGUACCGGACUGCGGAGAUGGCGGACGCUAUGCUGGGCAGCGGGCUCCCCGCGCAGCGGGCCGUGAUGCUCUCGGUGGUGCCGGGGGAGGCGAAGGACGGCCAGGCGCUCCCCAUCGCCAAGGGGGCUUGCGAUGCGGAGGCCGGAGGCGAUGCGUGCGUGGCAGACAGCAGCCCCUCGGCGCCCCUCGGGCCGGCGGGCGGCCAGGGCCCGGAGCAGGCCGUGCUGGAGACGGUGCUGCCUGCGGAGGAGUCUAACAACACUGACAGCACCAAAUCUCCCAAAGUGAACUGCGAGGAGAGAAACACCACCGGUAUCGACCGCUUCACGCUGCAGAUCCUGAACGUGUCCCAGGACUUGAUGGAGUUCCUGAACCCAAACAGCAGCAGCUGUACCUUAGUGCUGUUCUAUACACCGUGGUGCCGCUUUUCUGCCAGCCUGGCACCUCACUUUAACUCUUUACCUCGGGCAUUUCCAACUCUUCACUUCCUGGCACUGGAUGCAUCUCAGCACAGCAGUUUAUCAACUAGAUUUGGAACUGUGGCUGUCCCCAAUAUCCUCCUUUUCCAAGGUGCUAAGCCGAUGGCCAGGUUUAAUCACACAGACAGAACACUGGAAACACUGAAAGACUUCAUUUUUAACCAGACAGGUAUAGAAGCUAAAAGCGACGUGGCUGUGACCCAAGAGGACUGGGAGGGUCCCCUGCCCAGUGUUCUGACCAAAGGCAUAGACUGGCUGCUGCUCUUCUCUGUGCUCUUCCUGGCCAGCUUUGUCAUGUAUGCAACUGUCCGAACCGAGAGCAUUCGCUGGCUGCUGCCCGGGCAGGAGCACGAACACCAGGAGUAACUGGAGCUGCUGGAGCCAGGACAGGA